AUGUCGGCGGCCCAGAUGCCCGCAGCCGCCGGCCACGCUCCCUCCGGCCUUCGCGCCACACCCACCGGGUUCCGGGAACAGGAAGUGCGAACCAAUCCCAAGCCUGAAACCUUUUAUGCCUCCCGUUCGGCCCCACCUCUGGCUACGGAGCAACCUAAGGGCCAAAUCCCCUUUGCAAAUUUGCGGAGGGUCCGGAAUACCGAGGUGGAAAGACCCCCUUGCUUUAGGGGGGGACACGUAUGUUUCCUUCCCGUGACGCGUCGCUUCCCCCGGGAGCUGCAAACGCGCGAUCCACGAGGGAACGCCGGCCCCUCCCCCAGUCUGCCUCCGGGGUCGCGAUCUGCCCGCCCCGCUCUCCCGAAGCGAUUCGGGCAGUGUCCGGACGGCUUCGGAGGGGGCUCGAAGCCGGCGUCGCGCCUCUUCGCCCCGACACUUCGCCGCCUGACGCACGCGCGUGGGCUGUUUCCCGAUGGCGGAGGCUGGGCUGGGGUCCCCCUGGCCGCUGGCUCCGGGGCGUCGGGGCCUCGGCGAACCCCCGGCCCUGGAAGCGGGGAGGAAGGGGGUUGUGGCUUAACUGGAGGGACGGGAGAACAGAACGCGCACAAAAUUAGAAGCACGGAGGACCAGCUUAUCCGUUUGAGCACACUUAUUCAUCUAAGAUCAGCUGGAUAUUCUUAUUACCAGAAUUCCAGGAGUGCUGAUCUAAUCAAAGAUGGAUACAAAAUGAAAUCAAACAUAGCCAAGCUGCAAGAGUUAUGGAAAAGUCCUCAAAAUCAAACAGUUAACUUCCCUAAAUCAAUGAUGGAUACAUCUUUUCUAAAGCAUCCAGACCUCACCACAGGUCAGAAGCAUUAUCUGUGUGACAUUGCUAAGAUUUACAAUGUGAACUACCUGAGGAUGCUAAUGAAAAGGCAAUACAUGCAUAUGGUUCAGCGCAGCUCACAAAAGCCAGGUGUCCUCACUCAUCACAGAAGCCGCCUCAGCUCUCGGUACUCACAGAAGCAGCAUUACCCCUGUACUACGUGGCGACACCAGCUCGAGAGAGGGGACUCGGGGCUUUCUGCAUCUGCACCUGAAGUGAUCAUACAGCAUUCUGUUUGGCGAUCAGUGAGAAACAAAGAAGGGUUAAAAACUGGAUAUGUCUCUAAAACAAGGUGUAAGUCACUGAAGAUUUUUAGAAGACCAAGCAGAGUGUCCAUGCAACCAGUUUCUUCAAAUGAUUCCGAAUCAUACAUGAGUGAAGAAAAAAAGGAAGAAGAUUUACUAAAUAAGUGUAUGCAGUCGAUGUCAAUUGAAGAACAGGGAGAACAUCUGAUGUUAACCUGACAGUCUUGUGUAAUAAAUUCAUGCCAAAGGUUGGGGGAAGGGGUUGUGAGUUGUGUCCUCUAUGUUUAGGACAAUAUUGUUAGUCACCAUUAAGUCAUUAAGUAAUUUUGGUUUGUUUGGAAACUUGCAACAAUGUAAUUGGUCUGAUGUAGUUCCAUGUAUCAGUAUUUAUGUAAUAAAAUUUAUGUAUACUAUAUGCUUCUAUUUCUAGCUAGAUACAAUUAAAAUUUUUCUUG